AUGUCCUUCAGCCCGAAGAUCUCCACCCCCUUCUCAGUCUCCGACAUCCUGAGCCCGAUGGAGGACAGCUACCGGAGGUUUGGAGGCAUGGAGCCCGGAGUCUACCGGCAGCAGCAGGUCUCCCAGCCCGGUACGCAGCUCCAGCACCAGGAUCUCCAUCACCAUCACCACCACCAUCACCACCAUCACCUGUCCUCCUCCUCUUCAUCCACAUCCUCCUCCUCUUCCUCAGCAGCAGCAGCAGCAGCGGUUCUGGGUCCAGGUGGGCCUUACCACCACCACCACGGGCCCCACGGGGGGUCGCAGUUCUCCGGGGCCGUGGGAGGGUUCUGCAACGGCGGCAUGGGGAACGUGGGAGAGCUGCCGUCCUACCAGGAGACGGUGAGGAGCGGAGGAGGAGGAGGAGGAGGAGGAGGAGCAGCCUGGUACAGCAGCCCGGAGACCCGAUACCCGACCAUCUCCAGGUUCAUGGGCCCGUCCGGCGGGGUGAACCUGUCCGGUCUGGGGGUCGGUGGUCUGUCCGGUCUGGGGGUCGGUGGUCUGUCCGGGAUGGGGGUCGGUGGUCUGUCCGGUCUGGACUCUGGCUCUAAGGCCCUGGUGACCCUGCGGAGGAAGCGUCGCGUGCUCUUCUCUCAGGCUCAGGUGUUGGAGCUGGCGCGCUUCAAGCAGCAGAAGUACCUGUCGGCCCCGGAGAGGGAGCACCUGGCCGGCCUGAUCCACCUCAGCCCCAACCAGGUCAAGAUCUGGUUCCAGAACCACCGGUACAAGCUGAAGAGGCAGAACAAGGACAAGCAGCAGGACCUCUCCAAGACCACCAAGGGCUGCAGGGGGGACUCCAGCGGGCCGGACCAGGGGAAGCUCAUGACGGUGACCCAGAACCAGAACCAGAACCAGAACCAGAACCAGAACCAGCAGAACCAGCUGUCCUCCACAGAGGAGCUGGACUUGUCCCCCAGUCCGCCGAUGGGCCUGCAGGGUCCGGUCAGCAUGCCGCAGACGGACGCGGCGCUAGUCGAGUACACGAACAGCAUGAUGGGGUCCAGUGUGCUGUACGGGAGGACCUGGUAG